GAUUCCUCCCAGCACUAACUUCAAGAGGUGAGCCAGGGACUCAGGGUCCCAGAUACACGGACAGCAGCAGCAGCAGCAGCAGCAGCAGCAGCAGCAGCAGCAAGAGCUGAGCAAAAGACCAGAGGUCAGAGCCAUGGAAGACCAGCGCGACCUCAUCUCCAACCACGAGCAGCUGCCCAUACUGGGCCAGCGCCCCAGAGAGCAGGAGAGCAAAUGCAGCCGUGGAACCCUGUACACAGGCUUCUCCGUCCUGGUGGCUUUGCUCCUGGCCGGCCAGGCCACCACUGCCUACUUCCUGUACCAGCAGCAGGGCCGGCUGGACAAGCUGACGGUCACCUCACAGAACCUACAGCUGGAGAACCUGCGCAUGAAGCUUCCCAAGCCUCCCAAGCCUGUGAGCCAGCUGCGGAUGGCCACCCCCCUGCUCAUGCAGGCACUGCCCAUGGAAGGCCUGCGCCAGGGGCCCAAGCAGAAUGCAACCAAGUACGGCAAUAUGACGCAGGACCACGUGAUGCACCUGCUCCUGAAAUCCAAUCCCCUGAAGGUGUACCCGCAGCUGAAGGGGAGCUUCCCAGAGAACCUGAAACACCUCAAGAGCACCAUGGACAACCUGGACUGGAAGGUCUUUGAGAACUGGCUGCACCAGUGGCUCCUGUUUGAAAUGAGCAAGAACUCCCUGGAGGAGAAGCCCACUGAGGCCCCAACAAGAGUAUUGACCAAAUGCCAGGAAGAGGUCAGCCACAUCCCUGCUGUCCACCCGGGCGCAUUCCGUCCCAAGUGUGAUGAGAACGGUAACUAUAUGCCGCUCCAGUGCCAUGGGAGCAUCGGCUACUGCUGGUGCGUCUUCCCCAACGGCACUGAGGUCCCUCACACCAGGAGCCGCGGGCGCCAUGACUGCAGUGAGCCACUGGAACUGGAGGAUGUGUCUUCUGGACUGGGUGUGACUAAGCAGGACCUGGGCCAAGUCAUCAUGUGAAAACAAGAAGCGGUCUCCAGCACCAGCCAGCUCUGUGUGGUCACAGCUUUCCUGCUCCUCCGUGCCUCCAGCCUUCCCCAGUCCCUCCAAACUCCAUUCUCUCAUACCCUACACCUCGUUCCAUGAAAUUCUGGCGACUGGCUCUCCAUCAUCCUGGAGCAUGACAGAUCAAAAUAGCACAGAUGACACAAGAGGGCCCUGCUGCCCAACUCCUAGCCAUCAGCAGGGAAGCAAAACUGGGAGGUGGACCCCAACUAUGAGAACCCCCAUUUCCAACAUCAUAGUAGUCAUCAACAUGGGGCUCAGAGAUCUAGGCCCACAGACGGGGAACAGAACACCUCACCCCCAAACCCUAGGAUGAACAUAUUCGUGGUCCUCUCCCCUUCUGCCCCCUUUUUUUAAUCACUCCCCAAAGAACCCAGCCUCACCCACCAACUAGCCCUCCUCACUUAUGCCAGCCCAACUCUGCUGCUCAGCCAAGCUUGUCAUCAGCCUCAGGGCCAUGGCUCACGUAAGAAUAAAAGGUAGUAAGUAGAA